AUGCUCGACGCAAAGCAUGUGGCGGCAGCCAAGACAACCGAUGGCGGCGACGAGGUCGCCGUCUACUACACUGGGUGGCACCUUGCUGCCGUCAUGGCCACCAUCAACUUGAGCACGCUCAUCGCUUCCUUGGACUUGGGUAUUGUAGCCACGGCGAUUCCAGCAAUUACGAGGGACUUCGACGGUUUGGAAUACAUCGGCUGGUACAGUGGCGCAUGCUUCCUCCUUGUCGGUAGUAGCAGUGCUCUAUGGGGCAAGCUGUACAAGUACCUGUCUGCGCGAUACGUAUUUAUGGCGGCGCUUGGCAUCUACCUCGUGGGCAGUAUCGUUGCGGCGGCAGCGCCCAACGGCGUCGCAUUGAUCGUGGGAAGAGCGCUCCAAGGCCUUGGCUGUUCAGGCUGUCUCAGUGGAUCCGUCCUUAUCAUCAACUUCACGGCUGCCCCGAGUAGUCGUCCCGGAUUGAUUGGCAUAUGGAUUGGCGUUUUCAUGUCAGCCACGAUCCUAGGUCCAGUCCUAGGAGGCGUCUUCACUUCAGAGGUUACCUGGCGCUGGUGCUUCUGGAUCAAUCUGCCCGUCGGAGGCGUCGCAAUCUUGCUGCAAAUUCUCUUUCUACAUAUUCCGAAGCACGUCAAGUUGGCUCCGGCAACGUGGAAAGAGAUUAUCCUUCACAUCGACAUUCCUGGUUUCAGCUUCUUGCUGACCUCGCUCAUCUGCUUCACAUUAGCACUUGAAUGGGGAGGUCUGACCAAGCCAUGGUCAGAUGGUUCAGUCAUUGCCACGCUUGUCCUCUUCGUUGUGCUCACAAUCGGCUUCGUAGGUGUUGAGUGGCUACAGGGAGAGUAUGCAGGUGUGCCGUUGCGUCUAUUGAAGCCGCGCAUGACCUGGGCCAACUGCAUCUACGGUUGGCUGAACCCAGGAGCGAACUUCUUGGUUCUCUUCUACCUUCCAAUCUACUUUCAGGCUGUGAAGGGCACAUCGGCCAUCACUAGCGGUGUGUAUACAUUGCCUUUCAUGGCAUUCUAUGCGCUAGGAGCGAUGAUGAGCGGUGGUAUGAUGGGAAAGACCCGCAUGAUCCACCCAUUCACCAUCACUAGUGGCCUCCUCACGACCCUCGGCGCGGCUCUACUGUGGGCCAUGGAUGUCAACACCUCCAAGGCAUGGUACAUUGGCGCGCAAGUGCCAUUCGGUCUCGGUAUUGGGCUCGGCAACCAGGUUCCAGUGACAGUGCUGCAGGCAUUCGCCUCAGCGGCAGACGUUGCGGCAACAACCGGCAUCAUUUUCACGUUCCAGACAGCAACUGGCGCGUACUUUACUUUAAUGAAGAAUGCCAAAGACAUUGACAUUGGUAGGGUCCUGAGCUCUGGGGCGGGAGAGCUGCAGACCCUCUUCAGCGGUUCGCAGCUGGACCAGGUGCGUAGUGCGUACAUGGUUGGCAUCAAGGACGUGUUCGCCUUCUGCAUUGCUGUGUCGGCCGCCACCAUCUUUGCCGCGCUGUUAGUGCCUUUCGUAAGGAUGCCUGACACGGAGACGCCGAAGCUGGAGGUCGAGGAGAAGUCAGCGGAGACAUGA